AUGAGAAAGCAAAACAAUGGUUUGCUUGUUUCUCCUACUAGUUUCACUAAUUUUAUCUCGUCUUUCUGGUUCCAGUUUUCCGCUGAUGUCUUUGUCAGUUAUUUCCAUAGGAGCAAGCUGGAGGCAAGGCUCCGGCGGCUCAAAGAAGCCUUCUAUGAUGCCGAGGACCUGCUGGACGAGCAUGAGUACAACCUCCUCAAGCGCAAGGCCAAGAGUGGGAAGGAUCCCUUGGUAGGGGAGGAUGAAACCUCCUCCAUUGCAUCGACCAUCCUAAAGCCACUUCGUGCCGCCAAGAGCAGGGCGCGCAACUUGCUCCCUGAGAACAAAAAGCUAAUUAGCAAGAUGAAUGAGCUCAAGGCCAUCCUGACGGAAGCAAAGGAACUUCGUGAUCUUCUUAGCAUACCACCUGGAAAUACUACAUGUUUAGGGUGGCCAGCCGUACCAACAACCAUUGUUCCUCCGACCACAGUGACAUCACUUUCCACUUCAAAGGUUUUCGGUCGCGACAGGGAUCGCGAUCGAAUAGUAGAUUUUCUUCUUGGCAAGACAACAGCUGACGAGGCAAGUUCAACUAGGUACUCGAGUUUAGCCAUUGUUGGAGCGGGGGGUAUGGGGAAGUCCACCUUAGCGCAGUAUGUCUACAAUGACAAGAGGAUAGAAGAAGACUUUGAUGUCAGGAUGUGGGUCUGCAUCUCACGCAAGCUUGAUGUCCGUCGUCACACAAGGGAGAUUAUUGAGUCUGCAACAAAUAGGGAGUGCCCAUGUUUUGAUAAUCUUGAUACUCUCCAGUGCAAAUUACGUGACAUACUGCAGAAGUCAGAGAAAUUCCUACUUGUGUUGGAUGAUGUUUGGUUUGAAAAAUCUGGCAGUGAGACAGAGUGGUUUCAACUCCUGGAUCCAUUAAUCUCUAAACAGUCGGGAAGCAAAGUUUUGGUGACUUCUCGACGUGCAAUGCUUCCGGCUGCUAUUUGCUGUGAACAAGAACAAGUUAUUCUUUUGGAAAACAUGGAGGAUGCCGAUUUCUUGGCACUCUUCAAGCACCAUGCUUUCUCAGGAGCAAAAAUUGGAGACCAGGUUUUGCGUAGUAGGCUCAAACAUACUGCAGAGGAGAUUGCUAAAAGGCUUGGAAUGUGUCCAUUGGCAGCAAAAGUUUUGGAAGGCUUUGUUGGUUCGUGCAAUUCGAGUAGGACAUUGGAAGAUGUUGGGAUGGAUUACUUCAAUGAUAAGGUCUCUGGAUCUCUCUUCCAAAUGGUUUCUGAAAGGCAUGGUUCGUACUAUGAUUCGUACUAUGUCAUGCAUGAUAUCCUUCAUGAUUUAGCAGAGUCACUCUCUAGAGAAGACUGCUUCAGAUUGGAAGAAGAUAAUGUGAAAGAAAUACCAUGCACUGUUCGACAUCUAUCAAUUCGUAUUGAGAGCAUUCAAAACCAUAAGCAAAUUAUCCACAAGUUAUAUCAUUUACGCACUAUUAUCUGCAUUGAUCCACUAACAGAUGAUGCAAGUGAUAUUUUUUAUCAGAUGGUGAACCUGAAGAAGUUACGUGUAUUGUAUUUGUCAUUUUACAACAGUAGUAAGUUGCCUGAAUCUAUUGGUAGGCUGAAGCACCUUCGGUAUUUGAACCUUAUCAGAACGUUAAUUUCUGAAUUGCCUAGAUCAUUAUGUACUCUUUACCACUUGCAGUUACUUCAGUUAAGCCCAAUGGUGGAGAGGUUGCCUGACAAGCUUUGCAAUUUAAGCAAGCUAACUUCGCUACAACAUAUGCGUACCUUUUCUGUGCAAAAGAAGCAAGGAUACGAGUUGUGGCAGCUGAAGGACUUGAAUGAGCUUGGUGGCAGUUUAAGUGUAGAAAAUCUUGAGAAUGUUUCAGAAAAGGAUGAAGCCUUAGAGUCCAUGCUAUAUCAGAAGAAUCGCCAUAAAAAGUUGCGGCUUGCCUGGAGUAGCGAGAAUGGAAUGGAUGCAGCAGAUACUUUACAUUUGGAUAUUCUAGAAGGUCUGAGACCGUCACCCCAACUUAGUCGCCUCACAAUCGAAGGCUACAAAUCUGGGACAUAUCCAAGGGGAAAUAUAAUGAAGACAGAAGACCUGGCAUCUAAACUUGCAUCAAUGUGGGAGGUCAAUUCGGGAUCAGAUAUUAGGGAAGUACUUUCAGAGGACUAUUCAUCCCUGAAGCAGUUGACAACGCAGAUGGGUGAUGAUAUAUCACAACAUCUUCAAAUUAUUGGAAGUGGCCUAGAGGAAGGAGGAGAUAUAAUAUUGGUUAAAGAAAAUAUCAUCAAGGCAUGGCUUUUCUUCCAUGAGCAGAGGAUAAGAGUCAUUUAUGACAGGACCAUGGAGCUGCCACUGGUUCUACCAUCAGGAAUCUGUGAACUUCGUCUUUUUUCAUGCAGUAUUACAGAUGGAGCUUUAGCUAUUUGCCUUGGUGGCCUCACUUCACUGACAACCUUACACUUGGGUUAUAAUAUGGCAUUAACUGCACUUCCGUCAGAAGAGGUGUUUGAGCAUUUGACAAAGCUUGACAAUUUGACUGUAACAGGCUUGUCUUCCUGGCAACUUCAACACCUAACUUUGAUAGAUGUUCCAAACCUCACUGCCAAGUGCAUCUCACAGUUUCGUGUCCAGUAUUAUCUCUUCGUUAGUAGUUUCGUACUGCUCAACCAGAUGCUCAAGGCUGAAGGGUUUAUAGUCCCACCGAAUCUUGGUCUUCGUUAUUGCAAGGAGCCGUCAGCUUCAUUUGGAGAAUCUGCAAAUCUCUUAUCUGUCAAGCACCUGGACAUUUGGGAUUGCAAAAUGGAGUCCCUGCCAGGAAAUCUAAAAUUUCUCUUCAGUCUGGAGAGUCUUUAUAUCAGCCAUUGCCCCAACAUAACAUCUUUACCAGUUCUGCCAUCCUCCCUCCAGCGCAUAAAUAUAAAAUGUUGUGACAACUUGAAGAAGAACUGCCGAGAGCCUGAUGGAGAAAGCUGGCCACAGAUUUCACACAUCCUCUGGAAGCACUUCGAUUAA